CCCCCCCCCCUUUCCAUUCUUAUAUUGGUGCAUUCUGCCUGCAUGUAUUGAUCAACACACACACACACACACACGCACACACACACGCACACACAACAGCUCCACCUCCUCUGCAGUGUAGCGACAGCUAGCAAGAACAGCAAUGGAGGAGCCUGCAGUGCAGCAGGAAAAAAUAGAGGGAUCAUGGGAAGGAGGACAUGAUGGAGGAAAGGCUGACUGGAAGAGUGAGUGCUCCCUCUCCUCCCUCCUUAAACACUCCUGUCUUCUCUGCUGGUCGUCUCCCAGGGACAUGGACGUCGAGGAAACAGAUGAGAGAGUCCUCGCCAAGGCAACCGAGAUCAGAGUAAGAAGACCGCAGCACCUAGCACUGGAGCUGGAGAAUGCAGUGGCAGUGGAGAACUUGGAGCUUCAGGAGCAGCAGUCGGACCGCAAGGAGCUGGAGGAGACUCUGGUGAAAUUAGAAAGACACAAAGAGAAACUGGUGCAGCAAAUAAAGGCAACCAGACAGCUCUGCUAUGAAGAGAGUCAACAGAUCCUGUCUCUGCAGGCUGAGGAGGUGCAGAAGGAGAGCCAAGUAGAGGAGUAUGAGAGGGAACUUGCCAGAGCCAGAUGGAGGUUGAGGAGGCUCAGAGAGGAGGUGAAACAGGCAAAGCAGAAGGUGGAAGAGGCUGGAGAAAGGAACACUCCUCUGCAAGACUCCAUCAGACAGUCCUAUGAAGAGAUUCUGCAGGAAGAGCACACUCUGUGUUCUCUGUCAGGAGGUGCAGUCACUCCAGAAAGCCAGCUGGAGGAGUCAGCAUCUCCUGCAGACACCACUGAAGAUGAUCCACUUCCUAUGAGGCCAUGGGGAAGGAGCCAAUCACUGCCUGCCUAUGCUGACCUGAUAAUGAGGGCCAGUGGCUCGUCUUUUUGCAAUAAUCUAGCAGAUACCAGGGAAGAAGCAGAUGACAGCGGCUCCAGUUCUCCAAAGAUGGACCGAUCUGACAUAGAGGAUGACCCCGAGGAGGGGGAGAUCAACAAUGAAAGGAGAACAGAAAGAGAGAAAGAAGAGUGCACUAUCAACCCAAACCCUCUCAGCCAACUGGACUUUUACCAAGCCGACCCCUUUGCCCACUGUCAGAGUGACCAUGACCUUUUCAAUGAAGACCUGUUCCCUAAAACUGACUCAUCUGAUGGAUUUGCUUCAGACCCUUUCAAAGGCAGCAACCCCUUUGCAGCAGAUAAUUUUUUCCCAGAGACAAACAUUGGCAAUGAUGAGGGGACAGGAAAUGUUGGUGAUGAGGUGGACACCAGUCUGUCCUGUGCUGAAAACAAAGCUUCAACAGGAACUCAGUGCUUUGAAUCUGAAUUCCCUGAUGAAGACAGUGACAUAGAGAUUAGCUACAGCCGAGAGGAUCUGGACGCCAUUGCUGUUGAUGAUUGUCAUGGAUUUAAACCCAUUCAGAGCUCAUCAGAGGAGCUGGGACCAGAGCCCAUCCAGGGCUGGAGGUCCCAGGGUCAGUAUUCUGUGGAAUCAGACCCUAAUGGGUAUGAGCUGGAUCUUGGUGCUGUCUCCCCUCCCUCUGACAUAGAAGAACACAGUCUGGGAUCUUUAGCUGGAGAGGCUACCACUGAGACACCAGCAGGACUGGAACAAGGUCUGAGUUCUGAUUCAGCUCAGAUGGUCCCCGAACAAGUCUUGUUGAAACAAGAUUGGACAGAUGACCUAGAGCAAUCUCUGUCCCAUGAUGUUCCACCCACUCAAGGAGCAGAAUGGGUUAGGAACAUCAAAGAGGAAACCCGAAACCCUGCAACGCCACAAAAUUCUCUAGACUCCCAGAACCUCUAUAUCCAGCCCGACUCAGAUCAGAACAGAGAAUUGAGCUUUGACCUGAGCUAUGAACCAACCAGUCAGUCUUCCUUUGACCCAUACGGGUUUAAACUUAGUCCAGAACAUUCUAGUCAAACCCUCUUAGACCCAGAUGAAGCUGAACUGAGCCCAGAACCCACUGAAAAUGAUCUGACCUUUGACCCCCAGCCCUCCCCUUCUCAACAAGACCAACUGAACUUUGAUCCCUAUCGGUUUGACAUCACUUCCUCGCAGAUGGUACGGGAUUCUGACCCUUAUGGCUUUAAGCUCAGCCCUGAGGAAGAGAACCAAGAAGUGCUAGACCUCUGUGGCCACAAUAACCAGGCAAUGGACCUUUGCACCUAUGACAACGACAAGCAAGUAGAACCCACUAACUACAGCAACCAAGAAGUACUGGAACCACGCACCCAUGAAAACCAAGAAGUGCUUGAACAUUGCAGCCACAAUAAUCAGGAGCUGUUGGAUUUGUGUAACAAUGGAAACCAAGAAGUGCUGGAACCUUCUAGCCUUGACAUAAUGGAGUUAGUCCACAACCAAAACCAGGAACUCCCUAUUCUUUCUUAUCAUGACAACCAGGAGGUGGUGGAACCCUAUUGCAGUAUGAGCAAUGAGGAACUACUUGAGCCUUGUAACUAUGGUAACCAAGAAGUCCUGGAACCUUGUAGCUAUGCCAAUCAAGAAUUGCUGGAUUUCUCCCAUUCUCAAAAUCAGGAAGUACUGGAUCUAGAUAGCUAUGGCAACCAAGAAUUACUGGAUUUUAGUAGCAAAGAAAAUCAGGAAGUACUGGUUUCUGAUCGCCACAAUCAGGAAUUCCUACAGUUCAGUAGCAGUGAAAAUCAGGAAUUGCUAGACGUAGGUAGCCAUGACAACCAAGAGGUGCUCAACUUGUUGAGUAAGGAAGUUUUAUCUGAAGCAAACAACAACCAGUGUAUUGCGGAACCAGAGGUCAGUGUCAGUCCCACCGAUAACAGCUCAGAUAGCGAUGUGACAUCAGAGGACCUACUGGGACUGCAACUCAGUAACUCCAUUGUCUGCACUAACAGCACUACAAACACCAGUACUGCUGACACUCUUAACUUGGCUGUGAGCAACAUGUCUGCCAAUCAGGAUCUGGCCACAUCCAAUGCUCCCACUAGACACAACUUGUUAGAGGGUGAUCUGGGUUCAGUGUUUAGGGCUGGAGGAUACAUCGCUUGUCCUGAUGUAGCUGAUGACCUGGAGCCCCUGGACAAAAGGCAAACAAAUCCAGAGCCAGUGCAACCAGUCAGACCUGUUAGGCCUCCCCGGCCCUCACUCAAGGCCAAGGAGAAGGUUCAGUCCCAGACUCAAGGCAUUGACUUGAAGUGAUCUCUCACCAGCCAAUGCCUAUGUUGGGGUUACCAUGUCAGCAGGGUUCCCAUGACAACAACGUCAAUACAAGAGACAAUGGAGGAGAAGGAGGUGGAAUGAGGACAGAAAUAAGAGGACAAACAAAGAAAUAGAGACAAUGGGAAAUGGCAGGAAGGAGGGAUGAUUAAAUGGAGAGGAGGGAGAGAUCAUUCUGCUGUUACUUAUGGCAAUAAUUCUAGUUUCAGAUUCUUUAUAUUAGAAGAUUUUCAAGGAAAAUAUUAAAGUCAGAAGGAAGAGAUGAGAGGAAGGCAUUAUGAAAAAAUACCAUGGUGCCAUGGAACCACUUGACUUCAACAGAUUUAUUAAUCACACUAGGAAAACUGACUGGCCCAUGCCUUCAGUGCAUUUAUAGUGAUUUGUGGAAGUCAAGGCUGGAAACAGCUAUAUGAAAAUGAACAUAAAUUAUUUGAGGAUGGUCUUAGGAAAGAGAAAUUAUUCUCUCAUGUUUUUAACCCAGAUGAUGCUUGUCAUUCAACCAGAAGGUUGAUAUUAUCUGUUAUUUAUUCACAAUAUCAGCUGCCAACACUCUCCUGUGUCCUCUGAGUCUUUCCAUCCUUUCUCACAGGUUCUAACAGGACAGUGAACAUAAUCUUAUUUUGAUUUGAGCGUAGUGUUGGAACAUGUGUAAGUGGACUUACAUAGAUAAAAUGUAUAUAAAUUAUAUACUCUGCUGUCGUGGUUUUGAGAUUAUCUAGUCAGGUAGUGUUUAGGUUUAAGUUGGAUGCAAGCUGUAACAAGAGUUUGGUUGGGUUGUACAGUGAGUGCAUAUCCAAAUGAUCACAAUGGUAACAUACCUAAUGUCUUCAGUCAUCGGUUACUUUAAGGUGCUUCAGGGUGCUGAUCAUCACUACCGUACCAUGAGAAUUAAAGCAAUGGAAGUCUGCAUAAACAAGUUUUCAGUGGAUUUUAAGUUACUCUUAAAAACAUUUAGCCAGUGAACAUUAGAAUUAAUAGGUGUAAACAAAGGGACCCUCGCUGAUAAAACUGUCAGUUUUAAAUGGCCCCUACACUGCAUUUCUGUGCCCUACUUAUAAACUAUAUCCAUACUAUAUAUAUUGAUACUUUAAGGUACAAAAAAUGCACUGAUGUUUACUGGGCAUGAUUUUGGUAAUUAGCUUACAAAACAUUGAUUUUCUAAGCUGUUCGGUUCUAACACAAGAGGAUAGUUAUGAAAUUAUGCACAGGUUGACACCAAACUACGAUUUUGCAAGACAACUGCCUAUUUCACGUUACAAAACAAAACACCAAGCAAAAAUGUAUUUCUAAGAAUUAUUUGGUUCAUCUGUUUUCUGAGCUCCCACUGCACCACUAUUUGUUUUUUCUUCACUAAUUUACAGCUGUGAAAACCUGUUAUGCUGCACUAUGGGGGAGCAGUGUCCAUUAACAGCUCUCAACACCCAAAACAUCAGGAACCACUUUGAAAAAAAAAAUGAAAAUGAUAAAAACUGAAAGAUUUCACCUUGUAAAUUGGGACCACACUAAAAACAUGGUUAGAAUUACUGGUAAACAGAACUACUACAUCAGCUGGUUUAGUUUAUUAUCCAUAUAUCAAUAACAUACAGUAUGGUGGCUGGUGUGCAAGAAAAAAUUAAAACUCUGAUAUGUCCUAGAUUUUAGAAAGUAAAAACAGUGUCUCUGGCAGAGUUUGUCCACCAGAGGGCACUGACAGAUUUUUCACUGUAAAAUGUAAAAUCACUACCUAUGGGAGUCAGUUCUUUUAAGAACCUCAUUGAAGGGAUAUAUUCAAAUAUGUUUGUUUUUAUUAUGCAUUAUGCAUUUAUGCAUAAACCAAUAUUGACCAUAUAUUAUCUAAUUUCUAAUUUCAAUCCAAUAUCAAUAGCAAGAUCUGCCUCAAAAAUUCAGUAUCAGCUGGGCUAUAAUGUGUUUUAUACUAACUGUUGAAGUGUAUUGUUUUUGCAAUUGAAACUAUAAAUCAGUUUAUCUCAUAGUAUUUACCAACAGGAAAUCGUGUACAGGUUUUUGGAAUGCUAUUUUCAAUUAUACGUGCUAAACAAAGCAACAGAUAUUACAUACAUGGUUUGCUUUUCUCUGUGCUUCGGAGUUUUAUUGCUACUGUCCACAAUUUGUUUAUUUAUUUAUUUUUUCAGUUAUGAACAGCUGAUUAAUUUCAUUGUGGAAAUUUACAGUACAUCAACAGCACUCUUGGAAAUUGAACAGAUUUACAGUAGUAAACAUAUUGACACCUUUGAGGAUUUUUAUUGUAAUGUUAACACCCUACAUGCUCAAAACUAACUAACUAAACUAACUAACAGAGUUAGUGGGAAGUGUGGAAUCAGGACAGGCAGAGGGAGGGUCUAAGAGAAAACCACUACCAACAUGUUUACCCUCACAUAACCAAAGACAUAAGACAGGGCCAGUGCACAGAUAAAUAUGGGCUUUAUGGUAAAUGUAGUUGUAACUGCUCUAUCACCAUACUGCCUGUAAAAACGGAAGUGUUCAAACUCUGUCAAUGUAUGGCUCUGGGUGAGGAGAACUGUGCACAAAUACUGUGUAACAACUGCAUUUUCUCCACUGGUCUGGUAAUCAGAGCAGGGCAUAUUCAACACUAUAUAACAAAUUCAUUAAGAUAUUUGCAAAUUCAAAGAAAAAAUAUCCAUCAUCCUUAUGUAAAAUGAAGAAUGUGAAUGUAUGAGAGAAUAAUGGUGUGUCCAGCGCCCAUGAUGGAUAUACUGUAUAUCAGAUGACAGUCUACCUUAACACUGGAACAGACUUAGCAGGCACUGAAGGAACAUUUCAGUUGAUAUUAAGUUUCUGUUCACACCUACCUCAUUACUAUUUUGCCAUGAUUGCAUGACAACACUGUGAAUUCUGUAAAAGCAAACAUUAUUUGAUUUUGACACUUUGUAAACAUGUGUAGUCAAGACAAAAUGCAAAUUAAUUUACAAAGUGUAUCGCCAAGAUAUUAAAUAGUGUGUAAGAGACCUCACUGCAACAAAUGUGAUGUUCUCCUGGCUUUUAUGGACAGGAGAGCCUUUAAGCUGUCACCCUGACACCCUGACACCCUGAUGGCCAGUUACUGCUGUCCUCAGCUCUCUUGCUAAAGGUUGUUUGAAUGUGAACAGUUUAACUAACAUAUCAGUGUGAGCCAGUUUUCAGUGCUGUCUUCUUUGCAAUUCAUGAUCAAUUAAAUGUUGCUUAUUGUGGACUGGAUCCAAUUUGUCAUUCAAACAAUAGAAAAAAUGUACAGGCAUACAAAUUUUGAUUUAACUGUGGGUGGUUUGGAGAAGUCCUCUUUCACAGUGUAUGUAAUGUCAUGUCAAGAUGUGUAUAGAUAUUGUGAUUACAUUUCUGGGUAAAUCCAGUGAGAAAUUAGUAAAAGAUAAAAUAACCAGACAUUAUUAACUAUUAUUAAUUAUUAAUUAAUUAUACAACCAGAGAUAUUACAUGAGAGAGCUACCACUGUAUAAAACAAGGUUUCAGAUACAUUUACAUUAUAUUGCCUCAUAUGUUAUCAUAUCAUCAUUCUAUACAAGGCAUGAAUGGUAGCAAAACAUGAAGCUUAUCAUAAAGAGAAAUCACUUGUGAUACUGCUGAUAAACACAUACCUAACAACAUUAGAGCUAUGAGGUGGUGACAGUUACAACAGCAGCUCCAAGGCAGCAUAGUGCAGUAAAGAAUAAGAGAAUGAAUGAGAGAAAUAAAAUUAAAAAUAUAUUUAAAUGUAAUUAAAAAUAAUUAAAAAUGUAAAAAUUUACAAGCACAGUUAUGUCUUUCUGAACUUUUGUAUCCUUUCUGCUGUCUGCAGAGAAAUUGCAUCAUAGUUUUUGCUUCCAUUUUGAACCACCUGACAUUGAAUGGAGCUUGUUUCAGAGACGAUCUCAUAAAUGUGUGUCAGCAUGUCUUCUUCCCAUUUUGAAAUGCAUUUGUACAAAAUGUAACAAUAUCUGUCCAUGAUGAUGAUCAAACAAUAUCACUUAGAAAGAAAUGUUUUUUUGUUCACCUUCCAGUCACAUGAUGUGUUCAGUAUUGUCAAAUCUGUCACUUUGGCUCAUGUGUUAUAAAGUUUCAAUAGAUGGAACCUCCACUGCUAAUGCUAACUACACACUUCUUAUUCUGGUUAUCAAAACAGACCAGAAACAUUCAAAGCAUCUUCCUUUUUGACCUAAUUUCUGUUUUUUGAACUGGCAAUAGGUUGAGCCAACAUCUUCUUUUGUCAAAACCUGAUAGAGAUCUAAAUUACAUUCAUUUAUCAGACAUUAUUACAGAGUUUCAUAAAGAACCACUUACAUGACUAGAUUGGUUCUUAAACAACUGAACAAACAUUUCCCAGUGUUCUACCAGGAAUUCCCUUCAAAGCAUGAAAGGAAUUAAAAUCAACCUGCCACUUUACAGAACAAAAACAAUACGUUUAAACUGAUAAAUAGUAUCUGUGUUCUUACUACUAAGAAAUGUUGAAAGUGCAUCACUACACAUAGACACAUGUAGCACAAUUAACAUUUUGUGCACUGUAAAGUGACAAAGGACAGCUAGCAGUUUUAUUAUGGCAGUUAUUUCACUUGUUUAUUUGUGAUAGCCAACAUAUUCAUUUAUUCAUUUUGUAUUUCUUUACUUACUGGUUGUAAUAUCUGUUACAUGAUUAAGACGUGGACAUGAUAAGAAUAUUAUUGAAAGCAGUCCAGCUGUUCAGAAAAAGACAGAAGGUAAAGUUGCAUCUGGAGCUUUUCAUUUUUUGCUGUGUGUGUGGUUUCUAUGAUACAGAUGUAUGCACUUUAAAAGUAAUGGUUGAGUGAAAUUACAUUUAAAACGAUGAAAAACAAUAUGAUGAUAAUACAUUAAUGUGUAUGUUUGUUGUUGUCUAAAUGUGAUGUUCUGUGUUUGAAAAAUCAAGAAAUAAAUCUCCUCUGUAAAGCCA